UAUACCACGCAGUGUCCAUAAAUAAUUUAAGUGAAAAUAAAAAGCAGAUAAUUUUAAUGUAUUGAUAAUUUUUUUCAGUAAGCAAAUACCUACAAGAAAUCUCGUAUUUUGCGUUGUUUUUGUGUUAAUGGUAUUGAAAUUGUAAAGUAGGUGAAAGGGGUAAUAAAAGACGUGUUUGUUUCCUAUAAGUAUGUAAGUAACUGUAAAAAGCAAUUAGAAGUUGAAGGAUCAAAGUAUUUAUUGGAAUUUGUACCUACCAACAAAGAUUAAAAAAACAGUACAACAUACAAUUUAAAGUACAGUACCUGUUCACACCUUCAAAAUGCAUGAAGCUUUCUUAAAUCUGAAUGGUGUAAGGACGAAAGUCUCUACAUGGGGCAGAUGGGUAGAAGAGUCAUCAGAAGGACAAGAUGACAUCGUUUUGAUUAUAACUGGUAACCCAGGUAUAAAUGGAUUUUAUAAUAAUUUUGCCAAGACGAUACAUGAGAAGUUAGGGUACCCUGUGUGGUGUCUGGGUCAUGCCGGUCAUGAUUUACCCAAAGAGACCAUUACCUUACCCAAGUUCAAAGAACAUCAAGAAUUAUAUGGCCUCAAAGAACAAGUACAACACAAGGCUGAUUUCCUAGAGAAAUAUAUUCCAAAGAAUGCAAAAAUACACCUUGUUGGGCAUUCCGUUGGGUCUUAUAUGAUUCUGGAGCUAUUGGAUCACCCCGCUUUGAGAGACAAAGUCGUAGAUGUGUAUCUUCUGUUCCCAGCAAUCGAACAUAUGGCCGAAACAAAUAAUGGAAAAUUUUUAACAAAUUUUAUAAAACCCAUAGUACCAAUAAUAGUUUUCCUCUCUUGGAUUUUCACGUUUUUGCCCAAUAUAGUCCAAUUUUUCUUAAUAUAUGUUUAUACUACGUUUAUCAUGAGAAUACAUGCUAAGCAACAUAUAAAAAAUAUAAAAGCCCUCAUAAAACCAGGUGUUCUUCGGCGAGUGUUUUUCUUGGCCUUUGAAGAGCUAGACCAAAUACGAGAGAGAAAUAAUGAAGUUAUAAAGAAAAACGUGAAUAAAAUCAAGAUUUAUUAUGGAAGAACCGAUGGUUGGGCUCCUCUUAUUUUUUGUGAUAGAAUUAAACGUGACAUUCCAGAUGUUGAUGUCGAGAUUACUGAUUACCAUCAUACUUUUGUACUGAACAGUAGUUUCGAGGUGGGAGACAAGGUUUCCACUUGGAUAAAAGAGAAAAAAUAGAUGAACAAAACACCUGCCUGUAUUAUGUGACUUUUAUUGUUAGUAGGGUAAUUUAUGGAAAUAUACAAAAGAUAUAAAA